CGGACAUAGCUAUUUGGCCAUCGUGGCGGAUAAAUCCAUCGUGUCAAGAACCCUAAAAAGCAGCGGCGGCCGCGCGAGAAAGAUCCCGAGAGACGAGCUUGUUUGAUGGCAACCAGCGCGCAGCUUCCAGCGGACGAACACAUGACUCGCGAGGACCACCGCUGCUCCCCGCCGCGAGCCGCGAACCACGCGCACCUCAAGAACCUCAAGAAGGGCGUGGAGCGCAAGGACCGCCACCCUUCCACCGGGAUCAAUCCCUCGCCUAAGAAAUCUGGCCGCGGGGGGCGAUUCACCUGGGAGGGCUCCUCCCACGCCGACGACUACGCCGCCAGUUACGAUGACAACAACGCGCUGGACAAGAACGAUCCAAACUACGUCGACGAGGAGGAGGAAGAAAUCCAUGCCGCGGCCGAGAUCGAGGGGAAAAAGGAGUGCGCAGACGCUCCUCCCAAAGCUGCUCCAGAUGCUACCACUACCACUGUUGCUGCCACAGCCUGACGAUCAAGAUCAAGUCAAUAACUAGCAGCAAGUCUCGGACAAAUCAUGUAAAUAGAAGAUCAAAGCAUUCUCGAACUAAAGGGUUUGAUGCUUCUUGGUUGUAAA